CCCGCCUCCCGCCCACCCCCAAACCCUCCAAAUCAAAACACAAACACCUCACAACACACAUGUCAACCUACCCCUGGCUCCUCUCCUCGCUCCCCGCCCGCCGCCCGCGCCCCACAUUCUGGUCCGCCCUCAAAGAAAAACACUUCCUCGCCCUCGGCACCGCGCGCGCCCGAAAGCACCUCCACCACCCCACCUACGACUUCCCCGACCAAUUCAACAUCGACGCCGCGGCCGUCACCCAAGAGCUCCUGACACUCCUAGGCGAUCCCCGGACGGCGGGGGACGAGGACCGCCUGCGGGACGUGAUGGUCAAACAGCUCGCCAACCGCUUCGCGGCCGGGUACAGGUCCAUGCAAGCGAAAGGCCAGGACGUGCGGUAUACACUCACCGGCACCCCCAGAGUCACCGUCUCGGGCCUGCAUUUCCACUACGGCCCGUACCCGCCGCCCGAGGGUUACGCCCGCCAGCAGUGGUGGCAGUUCAUCGAACUCGUCAUCCCCGCCGAAGACGCGCAGUUCACUUCCCACCCGCGGCAGAAGGAGAUCAUGAAACACGCCGAGGACGACGGCGUCUACUUUAAGAUAGAUACCCGCGUCGAUCUGGACCUCGAGUUCGUCGUGGUGGAUAAGACGAGCGGGAUGCCGCUGAUUCGGGAUCGACGACGGAGGGUGGAGCUGCAGUUUGUGAGCCCGCAUUUCACGCCGUGGGAUGAGGUGUUUGAGCUGGAUGCCGAGGGCGAGUGGUUGUUGAGGUGGAAGUGGAGGGUGAGCGAUGUGGAUUGGUUGGUUGAGAGUGGUGGGGAUCUGUGAAAGAUGGAAUGCAGGGUGGACAGAGAGAGUGUAGACGUAGAUUGCGGAAAAUCGUUUAUGUAUAUACAGAGG